AAUGACACAGGAAACAGACAGAAGCUUAGCGGAAGUACCGUGAGAGCUCGGUGAUUUGUUUUUGGAUGUCUGGAUUAAAACUAAGAGUUUAUUUUUCUUUCUAACGAAUUUGUACGUUAUACGACAAUGAAACAUGGGCAGGUAAUCUUCAUUUAACCUGAUUAUAGGUGGCAGUGUCUAUACAAGCUAAUCCAUCACAUCUGUGGUAUUAGACGGUCAUUCAGGACUCCCAAAGUCCUUGCCCGUGGCCACCAGCAUGGCUAACAGCACCCCAAUAAUAGUGAAGGGUCUGACCUCAGGUCCCGCAGGCAGGAGUAGUCCAGAAGGAUCUCAGGUCCUCAGUAAGAAGAAGCUGCAAGACCUAGUGAGAGAAAUUGAUCCAAAUGAACAACUGGAUGAAGAUGUUGAGGAGAUGCUGCUUCAAAUUGCAGAUGAUUUCAUAGAAAGCGUAGUCACAGCAGCGUGUCAGCUGGCACGUCAUCGCAAAUCCAAUACGCUGGAGGUUAAAGAUGUUCAGUUACAUCUAGAGCGUCAGUGGAACAUGUGGAUUCCAGGUUAUGGAUCAGAUGAAAUCAGACCGUUCAAGAAAGCUUGUACCACAGAGGCUCACAAACAGAGAAUGGCACUGAUUCGCAAGACAACCAAAAAGUAGCACAAGAAAGCUAAUAUGUUGUACUAACUUUGUGUAUUAUUUUUGUUCUCUUUUUUCUGGUUAAUGAAAUAAAAGUGGUGAUGGUGA